CGUGACUCCUACAAAUUACAUUCACUUUGGAAAUAACAGGACAGCGCCACAGGAAAGAGAAGACUGAGACACAACUGCAGUUGCAGGUUUUAUUGAAGUUGCUGCUUCCUGGCUGCUGGCUCCGCUGUGCAAUCAGGAACUCCAAGAAUGUCGGUCUUACAUAAACAGUCAAAAUCUAAUCCAGCGCAGCAAAUCAUUGAGCUCUCCCAGAGAAUUAGUACCAUGGAAACCAAUCAACAAGAGGAAUAUACAACGAUGGGAUCGUCUCUGAAGAAAGCACAAGAAGAACUGAGAUUGCUAAAUGAAAGAAUUAUUCAGGUGAAAGAAUUUGAAUGUCAACACCAGUACAUAAGCCCUGGUCUGGAACAGGCAGAAGAAAAGUUCAGUUCAGUAAAUCGAAGAAUCCAGCAGUUCACUGACUUUUUUCAAAGUCAGCAUGCAGAGAUGAGGCGUGCUCUCCAGGAAGAGAGUGAGAACGUGAGACCACUUUGUGAAAGAUCUGAUCUCAAUAUGAGCCAGACAUCCUACCAGCAAAGAAUUGAUAUGAUUGAAGAACAUCAUCAACAACAACUUCAAAAAUUAAGAUUUACUUUUGCACAAGCGGAAGCAGAGUUUGGAGAAGUCAAACACAGUAUUCAACAGAUUGAAUCCACUCAACAACAGAAACUUCAUGAAUUAAGCUCUGCUCAGCAACCAAGCAAAGAAGACAAAGAGGUGAAAAUACACCAGCAAAGCUCUGCUCAGCAACCAAGCAAAGAAGACGAAUUGUUAAAACUACACCAGCAAAGUUUACAGCACAGACUUCCUCUGCAGCCAUAUGAACACAAUCCAAAUCCUCUCGACCCUAGAACUGUUCUGAGCAAAGAGGAAGACCCUCAGAGAAUCCAGAAGACGGGCACAUUUUCUCAGCGUUCUGAACAAAGGAGUUUACAGCACAGACUUCCUCUGCAGCCAUAUGAACACAAUCCAAAUCAUCUCGACCCUAGACUAAGGGAGAUGGCAGAAGAACUUCAAACCAUGAGGUCUGCUCUAAAAGAAAAAGAGGAAGAACUGAAAUCUUUCAAAGACAGAGUGGCAGUGGAAGUUGCUCCCUCAAUUAAAACAGGAACCAGUAUGAGCCUCAACAGCCCAGUCAGUAAAAACAGAAUAAGGGAGAUGUAUGAAACUCUGAGAUGUGACUGGCCAAAAAUCAAAGAAAACCUGAAAUCAAAUGGGAAAAAACCAGAUCUUGUCAAAAAAAUGGUUCAGAAAAAAUUUAAAAUGGCAAAAACAGACAUGGAAAAAAAGAAGAUGAUGAUAAUUAAAGUUUUUGACUUGGAUAAGUACAAACCUGGAACAGAACCUCCAAAGGUUAAAGAACACAUGCAGAUGACAAUUCAGAGUCUGCAGCUGGCGCUCUACAGUCAGAAAUAUGAGGACGGCGCGCAGAAACCGUCCUCUUCAGACGAAGUUGAAAACCCUAAAGAAAUGAUGACGUAUCUGGGCAAUGAGUGCUACUGGCUGGGCUGCCUGAUGGCAUUGAACAACCCUCCCAUUCAUCCUGACUGGCAGAAUCACCCGCCUUCAAUGGACAAAUGGGAUAUUCUUCCCAGAAAUAUUGUAGCAACCUCUAAGGAGGACCCAGGAGUCCAGGACAGAUUUAACCCUAAAGUGCAGCUGUUCAACACCUGAGCCGACCAGCUGGAAGAGUUGAAAACCCCCCGAAACAAAAAUGGAUCCUCCACCAGUAACAGUACCCAUCUACUCAUGGUCACACUGAUUCUCAGAGGAACUGUUUUCAUCUGUUACCGUGUUCAGGCUUUAGGUAAUUUACUCAACGUGUUUAUAGAUUGAUAAAUCUGUUUCCUACUGCCUUUUCUUUAAAAACCUGCAACUGUUCUGUGCCAAACAGAAGUAGUAUUUUUUUUUUCCUUUUCUCUUUGGAGAGAUCCUCCCUCUAUAACUUUCUGAUUUAAGAUAAAAACGUGUAAAAUACUCUUGCAAUUCAGGUGCAGUUUUGACUUCAAAUGUGUUCACAAAGAGUAGAAUUUUUUUCAUACCUUUACUUUCAUAGGGCUUUCACAUCAACUCACACCAUGUCCGUCUUUGACAGUUAAAACCGUGUUGACUAUCUUUGAAUUAUACUUACGGACAUCUCAAUUAUAAAUACUCAAUACAAUGAAUUUGUUUACCAUAAAAUGCUUUGUAAUGCGUGUAUUUGCUUCAUGAGUUUCUAAUUCAUGUGUAAAGAGUAAAACACAUAUAGAACCAUAGAUGGUUAGAUAUUUGCAUUUUUUCCUUAACUGCCCACAUUGUCGUCUCUUUCUUACUUUGCUGGUAAGCCAAUCAUAUCUUUAAUUUACAAAGCCAACGGUAAAAAAAAAUGUCUUCUCUCUUUUGUAAAGUAAGUCAGCCCCAACACCGAAAAACCAUUACUGUAAUAACAAGGUAGACCUCUUAAUAAGUUUAGAGUUUUUAUAUUUGAAUAAUCUUGUUUAACAAAAUUUGAAAUACAACAUAAGGAGUAGAACUACACACAUCUCAUAUUUGGUAAAUAUGUCUAAAUGGAAAACAUAACAACCAGAGCAAACAUGUGAUGGAUGGCAGAUCUUUAAGCAAAAUAUCAAAACAACAGGAAAUAAAAUGCCUGUGGAAGCAAAUUUUACAAACUGUCUUCAGAAUAUUUAAGAUAUACUUUGAUUUUGGAGAGUAUGAGGAUUAGCCAGCUCCCAGAGUCACACCAAAGGAAGGUUUGAGGUGGGGUCUGGUUGUUUUUUUGCACAAAUCAGUUGAUUUAAUGUGGGACCUCCAGUAAUAGAAAACAAAAAUGAAUGCAUAAAGAAAACUCAGCACCCACUACUGCUUCUCAGCUGACACAUUACCAUUGGCCUGUUGGAAGAGGAUUUAAGGAUAAUAGAUGGUACACUGAGAUCUCUGCAGGAGGAAGCUGCAGUAGAAGGUGCACAUUCUAAGAAUCCUACAAUUCGUUGGCACUGGCAUUCAAAAAAGGCAAGAAGCUUCUCCAGCUGUAGCUGUAGUUUAAAAAACAAAAUGCAUCUGUCAGACUGGAAUAGUCUGAUUGGAUGUUCAAAAGCCACAUUUUUACCACACAGAACAUCAAAAUGGAGCAAAUAAAAGGUACAUUUUUUUUGUUUUAUUAAGAGAUAUCAAGUUUGAAUAUUUUCUCCAGCAGGUACAGCGACAACCUGAUUGCUGACUGCCAAACAUACAGUGUAUAUGACCUUUGCUCCAUGCCCCACUGGCUGUCAGCUUUUAAUUUUCCUCAGAUUUGCUGUUUCAACUUGUCACUGAAAAAAAAAAAAAACAGGUCUGAAGCAGAUGUCUUUUUUUUCUGUUGUGCAUCUCUGCUCCUAACGUCAUACAUUUCUCUCCUCAGUAACGGUCAAUUAGAAAGAAGUCGGUCUAGGUUGCGAGGGGACAAAUAAUGCUUCAUAUAGAAUAUUUAAGAGACGGAAGGACAAAAGCAACUCUCUCUAUUCACUUGUUUAAUUCUACAAAACAUACAUUUACACUUCCAUUAAACGACUGCAUUGGAUAACAUGAGGUGAAAAUAUUUUGUCAGUUUUGUUCACUGAACUAAUGUGAAUAAAAUUAAAAUAAAUAUGGGACUUCUGAGUUGUAUUGCCUGUACUAAAAAAA